UCUAACCGCCCUCGAUCUCGCACAUACUACUCUCCGUCGACCCGGCCGAGCCAAACCCAGUGGUCUAGUCGUUUGGGAUUCCCGUUCCGUCGAACACGGGCGCCCGGCAUCGUCUCUCCCACAGAUGGGGUGCUCCUCCUCUCUUGCAGGUCCCCAAUCCCUUCUUCCUUUCCCUUCCUCCUUUCUUAGGGUUUGAUCUAUCGUUCUCCGUCUUUACCCUUUGUUGAUUGCUCCAUGUCUUCGAUUCUCAGAUAGAAAUGCUGGAAGGUUGGACGGUUUGAAUAGUGAAAACUCAAUGGCCACUGAUUCAAAGAACAUUCGUGUUAAGUUGGUAUUGUUGGGUGAUUCUGGUGUUGGUAAAAGCUGCAUAGUCCUUCGGUUUGUUCGUGGCCAAUUUGAUCCUACUUCAAAGGUAACUGUUGGUGCUUCCUUCUUAUCACAAACAUUGGCAUUGGAGGACUCCACAAUAGUGAAGUUUGAAAUAUGGGAUACAGCAGGACAGGAGAGGUAUGCUUCACUGGCCCCUCUUUACUAUCGAGGAGCAGCUGUUGCAGUUGUGGUAUAUGACAUAACAAGUCAAGAAACAUUCAAAAAAGCACAGUACUGGGUCAAGGAACUUCAAAAGCAUGCAAGUCCUGGCAUCGUCAUGGCCUUGGUGGGUAAUAAGGCUGAUUUGCAUGAAAAAAGGGCUGUAUCAUCCCAGGAUGCUAUGGAAUAUGCAGAGAAAAAUGGAAUGUUCUUCAUCGAGACAUCAGCAAAGACAGCUAACAACAUCAAUCAACUCUUUCAGGAGAUUGCAAAGAGGCUUCCUCGGACAUCUUCCUAACUAUCGUGUCUGGAGAUUGAUUCUUUCUUCUUCUGACUCACCUGACAUUCCUAAUUACUGUGUAAAAUCAUAGUAUAUGAUUAUACCUGUGUAGUAGUACUCGUGUCUUUAGUUCUUCUGCUGCCUGACACAUCGUUUAAAACUAAUGGCACACCAAAUUGGGUUACAGUAUCCCCAUCCAUUAGUGACAUUUGCGUCAAUAAAAAAAAUUAGCUAUUAAUUUAGUUUAUCAAUGUAUCAUGCGAGGGAUGUUUACAGGCAAUGAUAAAGUGUGAUAAUAGUGGGGAUGGGGAAUCUGAUUAUUA